AUGAAGCGCAUCAUACAUAGAAGAUUCGUGCCCGAGUACUACAAGCAAGACUUGUUCCUCAAACUGCAGAGAAUUCGUCAGGGAGGUAUGUCCGUUGAACAUUAUGUCAUGGAGUUCGAAAUGUUGUCGAUGAGAUGCGAACCGAGUGAGCCACGGGAGCAGACCAUUGCUCGAUUUAUUGGUGGCUUGAACAAGGAAAUUGCGGAUGUCGUAGAGUUGCAGCCCUAUGUCUUUUUGGAAGAUGUGAUUACGCUGGCCAGUAAGGUGGAAAAGCAGCGAAAACGCAGCAAACUCAAUGCAUCGCGGGUGCUUUACCCAAAACCAGUGGCUGCUAGUUCAGGAUCCUCUUCGAAGUGGAAUGCGCAGCAGAAAGUUGUAGGAGGCUCUCAAAGGCCUCAAGCUGAGGCGACAAAGGGAAAGGAGACGCACACUGAUCCGCAACGCCCUGUUCGGAGUCCAGACAUCAAGUGCUUCAAAUGUCUUGGAUUAGGAUAUAUAGCUUCCCAAUGUCCGAAUCGGCGAGCGAUGACCAUCCAGAGCACUCAAGAGAUCGAGAGUGAAGAUGAAGGGGUGGAUGAGGAGGUUUCUGGAGGUGCGCAGGGAGAGACUGUAGAACUGAAUCUGGCUACUACAAAGCAUCCAUGCCCCUAUAAGUUGAGAUGGCUGAAUGACCAAGGCGAGGUACGAGUCACUCAGCAAGUUUGUACUCCAUUCUCAAUUGGGAAGACCUAUAAAGAUGAAGUAUUAUGUGACGUGGUUCCAAUGAGUGCAAGCCAUCUUCUGUUGGGAAGACCGUGGCGGUACGAUAGGAGGGCUUUGCACGAUGGAUACAAGAACACUUAUUCAUUCACCAAAGAUGAGAAGAGCAUUGUCCUAGCACCGCUUACUCCACAGCAAGUGCAGAAGGACCAGAGUCCGAGUGCCAAUGGCUCGAAGAAAGAAAGCUUGGAAGCCACACCUGAAGAGCAGGUUUCUCUUCCGCCUCGGUUCAUGGCUCUCUUAAAGGAGUCCAUUGAUGUAUUUCCUGAGGAGUUGCCGGAAGGGUUGCCUCCGAUUAGGGGGAUUGAGCAUCAAAUUGAUCUCGUUCCUGGAGCGACUUUGCCUAAUCGACCGGCAUAUCGUUGCAAUCCGAAUGAGGCGAAAGAGCUGCAACGGCAAGUGAAUGAAUUGCUUGAGAAGGGUUAUAUCGAUCUGAAAAGUGGAUAUCAUCAAAUCCGCAUGAAGGAGGGAGAUGAGUGGAAGACAGCCUUCAAGACCAAGCAUGGUCUAUAUGAGUGGAUGGUUAUGCCGUUCGGACUGUCCAAUGGUCCUAGCACAUUUAUGAGGCUGAUGAACCAUGUCUUGCGGGAAUUCAUUGGCCAUUUUGUCGUUGUUUACUUUGACGACAUUUUGGUCUAUAGCAAGACCCUCGAUGAGCAUGCUGAGCAUCUUAGGAGAGUUUUCAAAAUUCUGAGACGAGAGAAGUUAUAUGGCAAUAUGAAGAGGUGUCGAUUCUGCCAGGACAGAGUCGUCUUUCUUGGCUUUGUUAUCUCUCAGCAGGGCGUCGAGGUGGACGAAGAAAAGGUCAAGGCUAUUCGAGAAUGGCCCACUCCCACUACCGCAUCCGAGGAGAAGCUGUGUGCAGCUCCUAUCUUAGCCCUACCUGACUUUUCCAAGACGUUUGAAAUCGAAUGUGAUGCAUCAGGAGUUGGAAUUGGAGCUGUUCUUAUGCAAGACAAACGCCCAAUAGCUUAUUUCAGUGAGAAGCUAAGUGGUGCGAGUCUGAACUACUCGACGUACGAUAAGGAGUUUUAUGCUCUGAUCCGGGCUCUUGAGACGUGGGAACACUACUUAGUCCCCAAGGAGUUUAUCAUUCACACCGAUCACGAGUCCCUAAAGUAUUUGAAGGGACAAAAUAAGUUGAAUCGAAGGCAUGCCAAAUGGGUGGAAUACUUGGAGAUAUUUCCUUAUGUCAUCAAGUACAAACAAGGAAAUAUUAACAUCGUGGCUGAUGCCCUAUCUCGAAG